AUGGACUAUGCCCUGAUACCCUCUGUACAGAGGAGGCCUUUGCCCAGCAGUCUAGCGAAACGGAGCGCGGACGAAAGCCGUAAACAUCGUACAUAUAUAAACGCAACUAAUCCAGAUCAAAUCACAUCGCGUCCGUUUCGUCAACGGUGCUCUCCAGAAAAUUCUCAAGUUCAGGUGAUGUCGCCCCUCAAGUUCCUGAUCUUCGCCGCGCUCGCCACGGCCGCCUGCGCGGGCGGGGGCCGCCGGCGUCUGCCGGACCCGGUGCCAGCCCCCAUGCCGGACCCGAACUUCAUGGAGGUGUCGAUAGUGCCCUGCGACGCCAGCAACAACUUCUGCGGCAGCAUAACGACCCCGCCGCCGAUCAUGGAGGGCACGGGCGGCUUCUACUUGCCCGGGAAG